CCCGCCUUCUGCGAGCGGCGGAGGCGGGUCCGCGCGGUUGCCUGAGCGACGCGCAGUGUUUGGGGUCACCGGGCGUCCGCGGGCGCGGCCAUGGCAAGGCCGCAGCCCUGCGGGCCCCCGCACGCUAGGUGCGGCUCGCCCUCGCUGCCCGAGCGGCCGCUGCAGGUGAAGGUGGUGGGGCUCUUCAGUUGCCCCAACUUUCAGAUUGCGAAGAGCGUCGCUGAGAAUCUGAAGAAUAAUCAUCCAUCCAAAUUUGAAGAUCCUAUAUUAGUUCCUCUUCAAGAAUUUGCAUGGCAUCAAUAUCUACAGGAGAAAAAAAGGGAACUCAAAAAUGAAACCUGGGAAUAUUCUUCCUCUGUGAUUUCUUUUGUUAAUGGUCAGUUCCUGGGUGAUGCAUUGGAUCUGCAGAAAUGGGCCCACGAGGCGUGGGAUAUAGUUGACAUUAAACCCUCUGCACUUUAUGACGCACUCACUGAGGAUUUUUCCGCUAAAUUCUUAAGAGACACCAAGCAUGAUUUCGUGUUUUUGGACAUUUGUAUUGAUUCUUCUCCAAUUGGAAGAUUGAUUUUUGAGCUAUACUGUGAUGUGUGUCCCAAAACAUGUAAAAAUUUUCAGGUCUUGUGCACAGGAAAAGCAGGGUUUUCUCAAAGUGGCAUAAGACUACAUUACAAAAAUUCCAUUUUUCAUCGAAUAGUACAGAAUGGCUGGAUACAAGGAGGCGAUAUAGUGUAUGGAAAAGGAGAUAAUGGAGAGUCGAUUUAUGGACCAACAUUUGAAGAGCUUUAUGGAAGCUUGAAAAGAAGUGUAAAGAGGCAGAAGGAAAGCAGAGGGGUUGGAAAGAUCGAGAAAUACCGAGAUGAAAACUUUUCAGUUCCUCAUAAUAAAAGAGGAGUACUUGGAAUGGCCAACAAAGGCCGUCACAGCAACGGGUCACAAUUCUAUAUCACACUGCAAGCAACUCCUUAUCUAGAUAGAAAAUUUGUGGCUUUUGGGCAAUUGAUUGAAGGAACAGAAGUGCUUAAACAACUAGAAUUAGUUCCAACACAGAAUGAAAGACCAAUGCAUAUGUGUAGAAUUACUGACAGUGGAGAUCCUUAUGCUUGAUUUUCAUAUCAAUAUUUUCUGUGAUAAUUUAUUACUGUGUAUCUGAUCAGCUGUUUGUGGAUUUAAUUAAACAGUACUUGAUAAAUUGUAAUUUGAAAGCCGUGGCAGACACUAUAGGUUGCCUCAUCUACCCCCAAUCCCUCCCCAUCUUCCUUUCCUGUCUCUCUCAUAGAGACUGUGAAAGGGCAGUACUCCAUUUCCUAGACUCCUUUGCAGCCACAAGUGGCCAUGAGAGAUGGUUCUGGCCAGUGGGACAGGAAUAGAAUGCCAGUGGUCCUGCCCCUUCCCCUUCAUCCAGUCUGGAAUGUGGAGAGGCUGGAGCUGCAGCUGUCAUCUUGUGGCCAUAAAGAAAAGGCUGAGGUCAGUUGCGGUAGCUCACGCCUGUAAUCCCAACACUUGGGAGGCCAAGGCAGGUGGAUCACGAGAUCAAGAGAUCGAGACCAUCCUAGCCAACAUGGUGAAACCCUGUCUCUACUAAAACUACAAAAAUUAGCUGGGCAUGGUGGCAUGCCCUUGUAGUCCCAGCUACUUGGGAAGCUGAGGCAGAAGAAUCUCUUGAACCUGGGAGGCGGAGGUUGCAGUGAGCCGAGAUGCCGCCACUGCACUCCAGCCUGGCGACAGAGAGAGACUCUGUCUCAAAAAAAAAAAAAAAAGAAAGAAAGAAAAGGCCAAGUACUGCAGAGAUGUCAGCCCCAAUCUCUUGAGCUGCGGGACCAAUACCAGCAACCACCUACUCUGGAGUUCUUAGUAUAUGAGACUAACAGAGCCCUGUGUUGUGUUGUUUA